GACAAACCGAACAUAUAAGAAGGAAACCAGAGAUCUGGUGCUGUUACGUCCCAGCGUCUAAGGGAACGAAUAAGCACAGAAUUAAAAGCAUUCUUCAGCCUGAAUUCUUAAGGGGUGCGUUUAGGAACUAGGCAAGCUGAUUUAUGAUAACUAAGUUUUAAACUCCAGCAACCUAAGUGAUAAGGAUUAGGGCUGCUGACAUUUCAAUAUGAAGGGCAACUACACUCUCACCACCAUCAACGAAAACAUGACUAGUAGUCUUCACUUCGGACUUAUGAACAACUCGGGAAGCAAUGCGUCUACCUUUAACUGCUCCCAGAAACAAUCAGAUAAGCAUUUCGAGGCGGUUCCUGUUCUCUACUACAUUAUCUUUGUGAUCGGAUUUCUUGUCAAUAUUGUUGUGGUCACACUGUUUUGUUGUCAAAAGGGUCCUAAAAAGGUUUCCAGCAUUUAUAUCUUCAACCUGGCUGUGGCUGACUCGCUCCUCCUGGCUACUCUUCCUCUCUGGGCAACCUACUAUUCUUACAGAUAUGACUGGCUCUUUGGGCCUGUGAUGUGCAAAGUUUCUGGUUCUUUUCUGACCCUGAACAUGUUUGCAAGCAUUUUUUUUAUCACCUGCAUGAGUGUUGAUAGGUACCAAUCCGUCAUCUACCCCUUUCUGUCUCAAAGAAGAAAUCCCUGGCAAGCAUCUUAUAUAGUUCCCCUUGUUUGGUGUAUGGCUUGCCUGUCCUCAUUGCCUACGUUUUAUUUCAGAGAUGUCAGAACCAUUGAAUAUUUAGGAGUGAAUGCUUGCAUUAUGGCUUUCCCACCUGAGAAAUAUGCUCAGUGGUCAGCGGGGAUUGCUUUAAUGAAAAAUAUCCUUGGUUUUAUUAUCCCUUUAAUAUUCAUAGCCACAUGCUAUUUCGGAAUCAGAAAACACUUACUGAAGACCAAUAGCUAUGGGAAGAACAGAAUAACCCGUGACCAAGUCCUGAAGAUGGCAGCUGCUGUUGUUGUGGCGUUCAUUAUUUGUUGGCUUCCCUUUCAUGUUCUGACCUUCCUGGAUGCUCUGGCCUGGAUGGGUGUCAUUAAUAGCUGUGAAGUUAUAGCAGUCAUUGACCUGGCACUUCCUUUUGCCAUCCUCCUGGGAUUCACCAACAGCUGCAUUAAUCCGUUCCUGUAUUGUUUUGUUGGAAACCGAUUCCAACAGAAGCUCCGCCGUGUGUUUAGGGUUCCAAUGACUUGGCUCCAAGGCAAGAGAGAGAGUGUGUCUUGCCGAAAAAGCAGUUCCCUCAGAGAAAUGGAGACCUUUGUAUCUUAAACACGAGAGUGGGAUGCAUAUUAUCAAUACAGCUAUUUGGUUUGACAUCCACCUGAAUUAUGUUUUAAUGGUUCUAGUCAAAUAAGGUUUUGUUUUUCCUUAAUCUUUCCUCACUCUUCUAGAGCAGGAAGCCAAAUGUAACCAUAUGGUUUUUCCUCCAGUGACUUUCAGAAAUUGCCCAUUGUUUUUCUCAUAUAUGGGUAUAAGACUGUCAUUGGUGAGCCAUGUCAGUAACCUAGGAGUAACUGGGGAUUAUCUCAAAUUAUAAUUAAUAAUAAAUUGGAAAUGAUAACUUGGGGUUUCAGAUUUCUCCUUGACACAUGCUGGAGUUUCUUAGUGGGUUUUAAUAUCCAUAUAUAUCUGGAUUUCUUCUCAAACCUGGGCCAGCCUGAUUAACUCAUUGCAUUAUUUACAGGAAAUUCUACUAAGAGAGAUGGGCACUUCUAAGUUAAGUAUGUUACAAAAGGUUGGUACCAGAUUAUUCAGGCUCUGAGCAUAUGCCUUAUGUAUUUUUUAAAAUUAUAAAUUAUACUCCUUUUACAUUUCAUUUAAGCAUAGUUUAUAUUUAAGGUAUAACUACAUAUUGAAUAGGGCUAGGAAUAUAGAUUAAAUCACAUUUAAUCUUACAUUUUAGGUGAAGUAAAAGAUACAGUUAUAUACAAUUCCAAUUAAAAAAAUAUUUGAAUGUUUCCUAAACUCUGAAUAAAUACUUUUAAAAGAAGGUUUUAUCCAUUUUAACUGUUGUUUGAAGGUUUCUAUUUUCUCUGAUAAUUUUUUGAAAAUAAUAAACACUGUGUAUUGCUAUCAAUGUAAAGGUCAGUUUUUAUAUCCUUGACCUUUCCAAUGUGGUGCUUUGACAUAUGUGA